GCGUCCACUGCGCCUGCGCGAUCUCAGUGCGGCCGCUCGGCCGCCGUCCCCGGAAACGCUUCCUUCUCACGCAGCCGCAGGUCUCAGCUAGUCGGCCUCUCUAGGCCGGCAGGUCCUCCGCUCCAUGGUCCUGUCUGUCAGCGCAGUUUCGGGAAUCCACGGCUGAGGCCCGGCCGCGCUCGGACGCUUCGAUCCUCGAGCGGGUCGCGGGUAGCCAGCCCGGCGUUCGCGGGCGGCGCGAUGGCGUGGCGGCGCUGACACACGCGGGCGGCUGCCGAGCCCCGCGGGCCGGCAUGGCGGGCCAGUUUCGCAGCUACGUGUGGGAUCCGUUGCUGAUCCUGUCGCAGAUUGUGCUCAUGCAGACGGUGUACUAUGGCUCGCUGGGCCUGUGGCUGGCGCUGGUGGACGCGCUGGUGCGCAGCAGCCCUUCCCUGGACCAGAUGUUCGACGCAGAGAUCCUGGGCUUUUCCACCCCUCCAGGCCGGCUCUCAAUGAUGUCCUUCGUCCUCAACGCCCUCACCUGUGCCCUGGGCUUGCUGUACUUCAUCCGGCGAGGGAAGCAGUGUCUGGACUUCACGGUCACUGUGCACUUCUUUCACCUCCUGGGGUGUUGGCUCUACAGCUCCCGUUUCCCCUCGGCGCUGACCUGGUGGCUGGUCCAAGCUGUGUGCAUUGCACUCAUGGCCGUCAUUGGGGAAUACCUGUGUAUGCGGACGGAGCUCAAGGAGAUCCCCCUCAGCUCAGCCCCUAAGUCCAAUGUCUAGAGUUGGGCCCUUUGGACGCUCUGCUGGCAUUUGGCCCUCCCUUGGGCUGCUCAGACCUCCACAUGGGUCCAGCCCGAGUCUGAGAGGAACCCUGGAAAUGUGAAGUCUGUUGGUGGAAAGAUAGUGAGGUCCUGUCACAGAGGCAGGGGCAGUGAGGACCACAGCUGCAAGAAUGGCCUCUGCCUGCUGGAGCCUUGACACCUGGAGGCCGGGAAGGGAACCUCACUGAGGGUAGUAACAGAUUUGGAGCCAUGUCACUCUUGAGCCAUCAUACUGUCACCAGCCUGUUGUUUUAAAAAAAGGAAAAAAAAUCAAGGAUAUCUGAUUGGCGCAAACCAUUCUUCUGGUCGCCUCUUACCCUCUGGGCCAGCUGGUACCUUUGCCAUGUUGCCAAACCACAGUGAUUGUGUAUGCAGAGACAUUUGAUUUCUGGGUCCAUAACCACAGAAAGAGAUGUAGCAGAGAGUACUAGGCUGCUGACAGAGAGGACGACAGAUGAAGGAAGCAUCAAGCACAAGAGAACGCACAGCCUGUGCCUGUUAGACACACACAGAUGUGUGUGUGUGUGUGUGUGUGUAUGUGUGUGUCCAAGAACCGUGACUGACUUCCUCCAGGUCCCUGUAUGGACUCGACCCUGCUGCCGACUCUCAACACAGUGGGCCACCCCCACCCCACCCCCAGCCUUAGCUUCAUAAUAAAAGCCACUGUCUGCUCUCUAGGAUGACCAGGCACCGGCUCCCACUGGA